AUGAAGACCCAAACCAUCGCUUCCGUUGGCCUUUUCGCCAAGCUGGCCCUUUCUCAAUCAGUCAUCAACUCUGGAAACGGAUUUGGAACCUACUACUACGACGUUGUUGAUACGAAUGGCUGCGGCAACAACUUCGCCAACAUCAACACGGGAUUCGUUGAAUGCAACCAGUUUACCGGCUUGUCCCUGAACCAGAUCAACAGCAACAACGUUGUUGCCAUGAACCGCACCCUUCUUGCUUCAAACUUUGCCAAGUACUGCGGUAAGAAGGUUGUUGUCAGCUUCAACGGUGUUCCAUCCAGCCAGCAGUUCUUCAUCGGUGAUGGCUGUGAGCGUUGUGCCACUGGACCAUCUACCGCCAGCGUGUGGAACCCCAACGGUGCUCCCGGACUGGAUUUCAGCUUGAGCGGCCUUGAUGGAAUCAACUCCAACGGCUGCUUUGCUGGACAUCUCGACAUCUCUUGGCAGAUUCUGGACGAAACUCUCUACAACUUCGACACAAAUGCUCCCGGUCAGCCCACCGGCCCAGUC